AUGUAUACUGGAAAUAGUGUUUGGGCUGCCGGAUCAUCCUCCAAAAUCAAUGUUGAAAGUAUGAACUCAUCUAAACAGCUCAGUGUUUGGAAGUCAGAACCAUCCUCAAAUAUCAAUCAGUGGGAUUUAGAAUUCUCUUCGAAUCCAGCUAAGUAUAGUGGUGAGACUUCAUCCAAAACUAUUUGGAUAAGUCAAGUAAAAAGUACAAUAUUGGCGAAUAAAGCACUCUUUAUUGGUGUUCUUAUUGGAGCUCUAGUAGUUGGCAUUGCCCUGGCAGUUGUCACCACCUCUUACAUACAAGAUCUAUCAGCAAAAACUACAUCGGCCACGACUAGCACAAGCACCACGGCAACAACAACAACAACGACGACGACAACAACUACUACGACAACAACUACUACGACAACAACUACUACGACAACAACCACGACGACGACAACAACAACCACAACAACAUCAACUACGACCACAACAACAACGACGACAACUACAACAACAACAACUACGACGACGACGACAAGCGUCACAACGACAACCUCUACAGCUUCUACGUCUACUACAACAGCUGCAUUCAUUGAUCAAGCAUUUUGGCCACUUGAUAACAACGCUCUUGAAUUAUACAAUGGCCUUAAUGGCGUGCUUUCUGGUACUCCAUCAUAUACAACUAGUUUUCUUGGAUAUGGAGCAGCCAUUAGUCUUAGUCAAGCAUCAUCACAAUAUGUUUAUAUUUCACCAACAGUCAUUCCUUUAGAUUCGCGUAGUUUCACUAUUGAAGCAUGGAUUUAUCCGACUGGUUUUACCGCAAGUGAUUUUGGAAUAUUUGGUCAAUGUCAAGCUACAAUUACCAAUCAAUGCUUACACUUCACAUCACGAAACCUAAUGUUAUACUGCGGUUUCUUUGGCGAUGACAUAGCAGGUGUUACUACACUAACCAUGAAUGCUUGGAGCCACGUCGCUUGUGUUUACGAUUCAACCGCACAAAUACAACAAGUCUGGCUCAAUGGCGUGCUUGAUGCUUCACGUUCCGCGAGCCCUUAUCAAGGUUUAUACGGAGCCACAACCAUUGGUGCCACAUUCAGCUCAGGUGUCGCUGCAGGUUUCAAUGGUUAUAUCGAUCAAGUUCGAUUUGAAUCGAGAGCUAAAAAUGCUACUGAGCUGUUGAAUGAUGCUACUCUGUAUGUCUAUUAUUCAUUUGAUGGUGGUUCUCUUGUUGAUAAUGGCAUUAAUGGUAUCAAUGGAACUGCUUCGGGAAGUGUAGUUAGUACAACAGGUCGAUUGAAUGGAGCAGUUCAAUUUAGUUCGAGUUCCUAUAUAUAUUAUACUUAUUCACCAUUUUACUUUUUGGGUAUUAGUAAUCAACCUUUCAGUAUAUCUUUAUGGGCAAACCCGACAGGUAGCUAUGCUGCAUCGACACUGGUUUAUGUGCUACAAAACAUUGGUUGGUGUGUUCACUUUAUAGUGAUGGACUCGGCUGGAACGUUAAGCGCACAUCUGUGGAAUGGUCGCGAUAUUACCGCUACUGGUUCUAUAAUUCCGUUAAAUAGCUGGACACAUAUUGGAUACACGUAUAGUUACAGUAAUGGCCUGCGAUUAUAUAUCAAUGGUACUCUAUAUUCAUCUACGGGAAGUUUUAUAUAUGCCGCCUCUGGAGUUCCUAUGUAUAUGCUUUUGGGUAGUGAUGGAGGUGGAACCAACUGCUCUCCAGGUUAUGGAGGUCCUUUUACUGGUGCUCUCGAUGAGUUCUACCUGCAUACCCGUGAAAUAACGUCAUCAGAAGUUCAACAAUUAGCGAAUCCUUGA